AUGAGUGCAAAUGCAGAGCGGAGGUUUGUUAAUCUCAGGAAACGUCUGAAUCAGCUGGGCUAUCGGCACCCACUGGGAGUGGACAGCUUACCUUUGGUGGAAAAGCUUUUCAGUGACUUAGUUCAUACAACUGAGAGCCUGCGCAAAGCAAAGUUUUCUUCUGGGAAAACAGAGAAAGAGUGCAGCAAUUAUGAUACUAUUUUGGAACCUUAUAAAACAGAGAAUGCUAGACUUACCAGGGAAAAUAAUGAUCUACACCUGGAAAUAUUAAAACUGAAAGAGAAGUCUGAUCGCCAUGUUAAAGAUUUGAAAGCUUGCUUAAGGAGGGUUGAACACGAAACAACUGACUUGAAAUUUUUGAAUAACCAGUAUAUGCAUAAAAUUAAAGUGCUGGAAAAAGAGACCAAAGCCAAGACUGAAAAAAUUCAGGAGCUUCAGGAGAAGAAUUUGCAAGCAGUGGUGCAAACACCUGGUGGCAGGAGGAAGAGCAUUCCCUUCAGGCGGCAGCGCAUGCAGAUAGACCAGCUUGUGCCCCCAUCAGGUGUCAGUGCCUACCCAGUGCCUCAGCCAGAGGACCCUUACAUUGCAGACCUGCUCCAGGUGGCUGAUAAUCGAAUUCAAGAACUGCAGUCAGAAGUAACAGAGCUACAGGAAAAACUGGAGACAUCUGAAAGUGGAAUGAAAAAUUAUAGCAAACAGGUUGAGAUAAGAGACAAAGAAAUCGAGCGCUUGAUGCUGGCAUUGGAUGGAGGGCGGUCUCAUGAGGUUCUCUCUCUGGAAUCGAGAACUAAAAGUAAUGAGAAGCUUAUUUCCCACUUGAAUAUACAGGUUGAUUAUCUUCAGAAAAAAAACAAAGAACUUGAAAAUCACAUUCAAGAUCUCUUGGACACUAAACAAAAUGUAACUAGUGAGGUAGUGGAUUUAAGCAAUAAAAAUCAAGAACUGUGUCAAGAACUGAAUGAAAUAGAUCACUUGGCACAGCAGUUGGAAAGACACAAAGAAAUAGUGCUUGAGACUGCAGAUAAGGAAAUAGGAGAAGCAAAGAAAGAAAUUGAAAGAAAAGUCAAUGAAAUACAGGAUCUACAAGAAACAAUAACAAGGCUUAAAUCAGAUUUGUGCUCGUGUCAUAAGGAGAAUGAGAGACUGAAAGAAGAACUCUUUGGGAAAAAAGAUGAAAAAGGGCAUCUUGAGCUGUUGUUAAACCAGCUUCAACAAGAGAAGCAAAGGCUGACAGAAAAAACAGAGAAUUUAGAAAGAAAAGAACGAGAACUUGUCCUAGAAAUUGAAAGAAUGAGAUUGGACUUUGGUAUUGCCUUAGGAGACAAAUCUCCAUCACGUCUGGAUGCAUUUGUGAAGACCUUAGAAGAUGACAGGGACUACUAUAAGCGAGAAUUGGACUAUCUUCAGAAAAUGGUUAAACUGAGGCCUAGCCCAAGCCGCAGGACUGCAGAGAAGGUAAAUGAAGAGCUUAAAUCAAUCACCAGAGAAAGAGAUGAGCUGCGGUCUGUGUUAGACAGAUUUGAAAAGCAUAUGAUAGAAAUUCAGUCCAAUGUCAAAUUAUUGACUGCAGAAAGAGACAGAUUAAAAGUUCUUUAUGAGCAGUCUCAGAGUGAAUUGAACAGGAUGAGAAGAGAAGCAAAACACAGCUUUGUUUCUCAAAGUCACAUAGAAGAAGAAAGAGACAUUGCACUGACUGACUUUCGAAUGCUAAUGGCAGAAAAAGAAAGUCUUGGAGAAAAAUUAAAGAUGCAUCAAGAAGCAGCGUACCAUGAAAAAUCAAAGCUGCAGCAUGAUAUUUCAGAAUUGGAGAAUAAUAUUCAAGGACUUCAGAUUGAAAAGGGUGAACUAAGGACUACAGUCUCUAUCCUGAAAGAAAGAAUAAACUAUUUGGAAAAUGAAUUAAAUCUGAAGUCAAGUAAACUUGCCCAGACUUCUGAUGAUUCUUCUCAAUUUAAAGCUGAGAUUUGCUCACUUCAGCUCUUAAAUGACCAACAGCAGAAGUCUAUUGAAGAUUUACAGCACAGAUUGUCCCUCAAAAAGGAUGAACUACUGGCAGCUCAAGAUGAAAUUAUAAAGCUGAAAGAGAUAAUAGAUAGGUUAAACCAGAGGAGCACUUCACAGGAAGAAGCAGUCAGUGUGCUGAGAAGUACCAUUAGUGUUUUGGACAAAGAAAAAGACAGUCUUCAAGAAACUGUAGAUGAAAAAACAGAAAGAAUUGCAUGCUUAGAUGACAACUUAGCUAACAGGGAAAAAACAAUUGCUCAUUUACGUUUAACUGUCUCUGAGCUGGAGUCCUCAACAGACCAGAUGCAGGACAGGCUGAGCAACAGAGACCGUGAGAUUGCCAGCUUGCAUCGCCAGCUCGACACAUCCCAGCUAGAGCUUGCAGAAAUGGGAAGAGUGAAGGAAAUGGCUCUGAAGGAAAACAGGCGACUGCAAGAUGACCUGGCUACAAUGGCCAGAGAAAACCAGGCUAUCAGUACCGAGCUUGAAGAUGCAAUACGUGAAAAAGAAGAAAUGAAAACCAGGGUUCAUAGUUAUAUAACUGAAGUCUCCAGAUUUGAGAACUUGAUAGCUUCAAAGGAAAAAGAAAACCAGGAAUUGUUAGAGAAGUUCCGGAUGCUCCAUACACAAGCUGAAGGCUGGGAAAUGAAGGCUCACCAAGCUGAAGGAGAAAGCAGCUCCAUACGACUGGAACUCCUUUCAGUAGAUACAGAUCGGAGACAUCUUCGAGAGAGAGUAGAGUUUCUGGAAAAAGAGAUUCAAGGGCAUAUUGUUGCACAUCAAGUAUAUGAAUCUCAGAUCUCCUCCAUAACCAAAAAUAUGUCCAGAUUGGAAGAGGAUCUUAAACGUGAAAAUCAGGAUAAGGCUUCUGUGUUGGCAGACCUCACUUCUGUGAGAGAACUCUGUGUGAAACUUGAGGCUAGCAAAGAACUUUUAGCUCGACAGCUGACGUCCAAAAGCAUGGAUUAUGAAAGGGUUCUAGGAGAAUUAGAAGAUACAAAAUCAGAAGGAGAGUUGCUGAAAAAGCAGCUAUCCAGUGAGAGACUUACAGUUCAGAAUCUUGAAACAUUAUUGGCUACUAGUAGAGACAAAGAAUUUCAGAAUCAAUUAAUGUCCCAAGACAAAGAUACCGAAAUUCAGUUACUGAAAGACAAGCUGACCCUGGCUGAGAGCAAACUAAGCAGCAAUAAUAGAGAGGUUUCCAUGCUUCGAAGUAAAGUUGCACAGAUGCAGACUGACACUGAUGUUUUAAAAAGGAAACUGACAACUGAGCGAUUUGAACGGGAGCGGGCGGUGCAGGAGAUGCGCCGGCACGGGCUGAGCACGUCCUCGCUGCGCGCCUCGCCCCCGCUCAGCUCCACGCUCAGGUCUCCCUCGCACUCCCCGGAGCGCGGCGCUGCCAGCACAGCUGAGCACGCAGCAGAUGAAAAAAAUGUGACCAUCAAGGAAUAACCAGUACUUGAGUAGCUGAAGCAUUACCUUGUUACAAGGACUUUUUUAAUAUAAAUUAUGAAUACUUGUAUUUUACCUCUGUUUUCUUCAAAUCACUGAUUACCUUUGAAACCUUGAGAACGGGUGAAGUAAUCAACUUUGCAAAAUUCUGCUUUCCCAACUGGCAGGAGUGACUGACUUUUUAUGGCUGUUUGACAGGUUUUGUAUCAAACAUGGCUAAGUUUUCUUACUUUUUGGGAAACAUAAUAAUUAAAAGAAGGAAAUGAGUAUUGAUUUGACAAUCUCUUGUUUUCAUUUUUCUAUUUUAUUUGUUUGCUUAUCUCAUAAGAUUGGAGAAGUUUAUUCAUCUUAAUGUGUGCUAACAUAGAAUAACAUCCCCAACUGUGUUAAAAAUGCUGAGCCAGUGUAUGUUUUCUACUCAUGAUGAUUUCCUAUGUUUGGGUUUCUAACAAAUGUUUUCUGUUUUCAGGUUUUUCUUAAUGGUAUUUUAAAGUAUCAAUUACCUAUUUUGUGAAUGUGUUUUGUUUACAGUACCUUUUCUUAAUAAAAAAAUAUAUAUCA